GAAAUAAGUGAGAUUCCAUCGCUAAGUGAGAAGUGGAAAAUUCAUGGAAAAUUACAAUCCCCACCGCGUAAUAGUGCACCGACACGUCUUCAUCGACGUUGCUUUUUGACCAGAAGACCGAGAGCUAACUAUCGAGACUUUGGACGAUCUGGACACAUCCUUCAGGAAAUGGUUCAGACAUGUUUGUUGCCAGGGGCAACAAGAUCAAGCUGUAACAACAAAGAAUGCGCUAAACUAUUAGCAGGAGUAGAAACGGCAGCGGUUAAAAAAUUGCAACCUUCUAAAUAG